AUGACUCUACUCACGCCCUCUCCGAACCCACAAACCAACACGAGUAACAAUAAUAACAAUAAUACUCGUCUUAGAAACAACAGUUAUGUUCUGGAACAAGAAACCUCAAAAAGUUCAUCUCAUCACCAGCAACACCAACAACAUCCACAUGGAGCCGAUUCCUCUCUUCAAGCUCAACUCUCUCGCCAACGAAGUCGAAUACAAGCCCUCUCCAUCGUUUUGGGUUUUUUAUUUGCUGUUUGUGCUGUCGCCUUGCUCUCACCCAUUAUUGUCAUUGUGAUUCAUACGAUGGAACAACAACGAAGGAACGCCUACAUGGAACAAGUGAAACAAGUGGCGAUUACGGCUGAAUUGUUGAUACGAAAACAAGUGGAAGUAUCGUUUGGAUCGUUGAAUAUAUUGACCAAUGUGGCUCAGGAAUGGAAUUUUACGUUUGAUUGGGAGAGAUUUAAUCGAUUGGGAGCUCGCUUAAAACAUGAUUUUCCAGAAUUGGAUAUGUUUGAAUAUGCUUUUACUGAUGAAUUUGUGUUGAAUUAUAUCUAUCCUUUGAAAGGAGUGGAACACAUGAUUGGACACCAUAUGGGAUUGAAUACUCCUGCUCACACAGCAGUUAUACAAGAAGCGGUUCGAACCAAAGAAACCAAACUCUUCGGUCCCAUUAAUCUCAUUAAUUUAGAUCCAAAUUCCAUUGCUGUCAUUGCACAACAACCCAUCUUCUUUCCCAAUAACAACAGUUUCUUUGGACUCAGUGUGGAAUUAUUUAACUUCAAAUCACUUUUCGAAGCCAUUGAUUUGUAUGAAGUUCUGUCAGGAUAUCAAUAUCAAUUGUAUGAAUACGCUCAAAAUCAAAUCUUUUUAGAGAAUUUGAACGGAACGGUGAAUGGUACGGAGGGACGCAUUGGUGUGAAAAAUGUGAAACCCUUAGAAGAUGCGUUGGAACGAAAUAUGACCGUUCUUAAUUCGAAUUGGAAAAUCAUUUUGAGACCUUUGGACGGAUGGAAUACGGGUAGUUUUUUAUGGUUGGAAAUUUUGAUUGCCAUCUUGGUGGAAUUUGUGGUUUUUGUUUUGAUUAUUUUGGGAGUGAAUCAACUCAUUCAAGAUUAUUUCAGGAAGAGAGAAUAUAAACUCAUUCAAGAUAAUUUGGAAUUGAAAGUGAAGGAGAGAACGAGAGAUUUAGCCAACUCUCAUAAUCAAUUAUUACUUCUUGUAGAUCGAAUUUCAUUCGAAGAGCAAAAAACCAAAAAGAUUAUGAAUUCAUUGGAAGAUGCAGUGGUCACGAGCGAUGCGUUAGGCAAAGUCAUUCACUGCAAUAAUGCAUUCUUUAAGAAUUUCGGGUAUACAGACUCGGAUUUAUUGGAUCGAGCUGUGAUUUCAACAAUUUUGCCAGAAAUUGAACUUUCCAAGGUCAUUCAUGAAAUGAGUCGAGCAGAAUUGAAUUCCUACAUCAGCAACAAUAGUAAUUCAUCGGUUCAUUCCUUCGAGACUUUGGCAAAAACCAAAACUGGAAUUUCUCUCUCUGUGAAAGUUUCUCUCUCACUAAGUCAAAUUUAUUCACAAUCCUUAACAAACUCUUCUGUACCCAAUCAUUUAAUGGUCACGCCGAGCUCAUCCACUGCACCUCCCACAUCUACAACGAUGACCACUUCCAACUCUACCGACAAUAUGCAAACUCUAUUGAAAGAUAAUCGACAAGAAACCGUCUGUGUCAUUUUGAUUCACAUUCUGAGCAAGUCUCAGCUUGGAGCUACACUGCUAAUGUCCCAUUCGAGCUCUAAUUCAUUCCAGGAAUAUCAACUCAGCAAUCAGCAAAUGACCUUUGAAUUUAAGGAAUUUUUCAUGAAUUUAGAAAAGAGAAAACUCUUUAAGGAAUUUUGUGCCAGUGAACACAACGAUGAAAAUAUUAACUUCUUGGAAGACGUACUAUUUUAUAGGAGUUUGGGCUUCAUUCAAGAACGAGUGAAUAUGCAACAAGAAAUGUAUGAAAAAUAUUUGAAACCCAAUUCCCCUAAACAGUUGAACAUUUCGAAAAAACAGUUGGAGACUCACUCUUUUAAAAUUAGUAGAGGUUUGGGAGAGUUUGAAUUGUUCGAUGAUUUGGAAAAGGUGGUGAUUCAGAAUAUUAUUCAUGAUUCAUUUAAGAGAUUUAUGGACAUGCGUCAUUGA